AUGAUUCCCGCUCUCCUACUUGCAUUCGUUCCCUCAGCACUGGGCAUCUCCGUAUGGGGACAGUGUGGUGGCACUAAUUGGUCAGGUAGCGGUAGUUGUGACUCUGGUCUAUCUUGCUCCAGCGUCAAUCCUUACUACUCCCAAUGCGUUUCUGGCGCAGCUGGUCCUACUGCAACCUCGACUAAGCCAGUGUCGACCUCAGUCUCGACCUCGGCCAGACCUACAACUACGACUUCUGGUGCUGGUACUACUCUUACCACUUCCCGUACCGCAACUGCUACUUCGCCCACCACCUCAGCAGCUGGAGCUUCCGGUGCUGCCGGCAACUUCUUUGCCGGUAGACAGCUCUAUGCAAACCCAUAUUAUGCAUCUGAGAUUGCUGCUGCCAUCCCUUCCCUACCAUCAAGCCUCAAGGCAAAGGCAAGCGCAGUCGCGAAGAUCGGAACCUUCGUAUGGCUUGACACUGCCGCCAAAGUACCUACCAUGGACACUUACCUCGCUGACAUCGAAAAGCAGAACGCUGCUGGAGCUAGCCCUGAGAUCAUCGGCGGCUUCGUCGUGUAUGAUCUGCCCAACCGCGACUGCGCUGCUCUUGCUUCCAACGGAGAGUUGACCGUUGCCAAUGAUGGUCUUACCAAGUACAAGGCAUACGUAGACUCAAUCGCAGCUAUCGUCAAGAAGCACUCCAAGACCAAGAUUGUCCUUCUUGUUGAGCCCGACAGUCUUGGAAACCUCGUCACCAACCUUGGAGUUGCCAAAUGUCAAGAAGCGCAUGACGCAUACAUCAGUGGAGUCGAAUAUGCGCUCAAGACCUUGAACUUCGACAACGUCGCCAUGUACAUCGAUGGCGCACACAGUGGAUGGCUUGGAUGGCCUGCCAACAUUGGCCCGGCUGCCGACCUUUUCGCAAGUGUCUAUGCAGGCGCAGGCAAGCCCAAGGCUCUCCGUGGCCUGGUCACUGAUGUCUCCAACUACAAUGGCUUUGACCUUGCCAGCAAGCCUGUCUACACAGAGAGCAACCCUAACUACGACGAGAAGCACUACAUCAACGCCCUCGCUCCCCUUCUCGAAGCACAAGGCUUCCCGGCUCACUUCAUCGUUGACCAAGGUCGUUCGGGUGUUCAGCCUACAGCGCAAUUGCAACAAGGAGAUUGGUGCAAUGUCAUUGGCACUGGCUUCGGCAUCCGUCCUACUACCAACACCGGAGACCCGCUUGUUGACGCAUUCGUCUGGGUCAAGCCCGGUGGUGAAUCAGAUGGAACUUCGGACACCUCUGCCGCCAGAUACGAUGCUCACUGUGGAUACGCUGAUGCCCUGAAACCUGCCCCUGAGGCUGGCAAAUGGUUCCAAGCAUACUUUGAGCAAUUGCUUCAGAAUGCAAACCCCGCACUUUGA